UGUAGUAUAAAGUGUUACAGCGUCAAAAACAGUUGAGCAAAAGGUGCCAUCAACUAUCACUUUAAAAAAGACGACGAAAUCAACGUUUGACAUUGCAACAUUGACGGAUUCUAUUCCAAGCACAAGCACAGAAUCCACGCUGACUCAUCCCGAGUCAAAUAAGUCUGAAGAAGUGUCUGGACCUUCGAAGCAAACGGCUUUUGCUGCAAGUCAGAGCAACUCGCCCAAGUCUGAGUUUCGAAACCUGGAAACAAAUACACCAUACACUGAUGACUCGUCCGUGAAAUUCCAUGAAAACGCGUCCGAGAAACGAUAUACCAGAACUUCGCCAAAGCAACCCUUUUCUGGAACUUCUCCUGAGCCAUACCUUAUUGAAGAUUCGUCUGAAGAACCCUAUACUUAUGGUUUGUUAGAAGAUAACACAGAAAAAGUAGCAGAUGUAACUUCUGAAACGUCUCAUCUUGGCGGUAUGCAUACAGUAGAAACAUCGUUGAGUCAUCAGAAGUUGAGUGUUGACUCCCAUUCUAAAGCAUCUCAGGAUACCAUUGAUUACGCAGCACGAACAUCUUCAAUACAUAAAAGCUACACUACUACUCAGCCUUCUUCUCAUUUGGAAGGAAAAACUAAUUCUGUGCACGACUUCGACUUACAGCCGCUUGAUUCAACAAUGUCACGCCUUCUUAAAACAAUUAGCCCUAUAAAUCCUGAAGAUUACUCAUUACAUAUUUCUACAGAAGGUGACUCCAAGUUUGUUGUGAGCUUGAAAGCCUCGAAAGGACUCACCGAAACGAUGCCAUUAUCUGCAUUCGCAAGUACAGACAAAAUUUUUCACUCGCUAAGUAGUGACCAAUAUACGAUCGAGUCCCACGCUAACUUCAGUUCAACACUUUUAGUAGGUGGAACAACCGAUGCAAUGAAAGCUGAGGAAGACGAAAGAAAAAGGAUGCAAACUGGAGCUAUCUCCAGAACCGGAGACAGCGCAACGAGUGCAAAUAUUACCAUAAGUACAUCUACUGAUCUACACACAGCUGCUCUUUCAACGUUUCAGCUCUCAUCAGAUUCGAUAUCAUUUAUAGAGGGUAGUGAAGGAAAGCCUGAAAAGGAGUUGAUGUCUACAGAAGCGACCGCAAAGGGCACUCAAGAAGCAGAUAAACUGGUUCAUUUGCUUAGACGGUCUUUUCAUGAAAGUUCUCUCAUUCAAAUUCAUCAUCAGCUAAUGAUUACUUGA